AUGCCAGGGAAAGCGAAGAGGUUUGUGAGAAAAUGUGUUACCUUCGCCACAAAACAAGGGGUGAAGGAGUUGGAGUUGAACUUUUGUGAACCAACGUUGGAUUGUUAUUCUACUACUAAUUAUAUUAAUCAUGAGGCAUUGUUUGAAUUGCCAACCCAUGUUUAUGACUACACUUGCCUCGAAUCUUUGAAGUUGAUUUCAUGCAGCUUUGUUGCGGCUGAGUUGCUUAACUUUCAUGUACUAAAAGAACUUUCUUUGGGUUGGAUGGAAGUGAAACUCAGUACAAUUCAGUCCUUGUUGUCAACAUGCGGGGCGCUUGAGAGUUUAAGUCUCAAGAGGUGCUGGAAUUCAGAUGACUUUGAUCUAGGGGAGGAAAACCCGAGGUUAAGAAAGUUGGUCGUGGACAGAUGCAUGUUUGGAUCUAAUGGUCGUUAUUUUAUAGUAAAUGCUCCAAACUUAAGAUAUUUCUAUUAUUCUGGGUUAAAUAAUGACUUUUUGAUCAUAGAUGUACGUUCCCUUGUGAUGGAAGAGCAUGUGCUUGACUUCUGCAUUGAGUUGGAAGGAUAUGCUCUUUUUCUCUACAAACUAGUAGAAAAUAUAUCCGGCAUUCGAGUUUUGACUGUGUGUAACUACUUCCUUCAGGAUUAUGAGCUACCGGACAACUUUAACCCCGAGGGAUUUUGGAUUGAUCAUGCAAGGGCUUAUAGAUGUAUUGUAUAUACUCUUCGAGAGGUGGAUAUUAAGGGCUUCAAAGGAACAAUUAAUGAAAUUCGCGUGCUUACCUAUUUCAUCACUAUGGGGAAAGUCUUAAGAAAGAUGACUAUCAAUAAAUCAAAGGAUGAUGUGAGGUUGGAGUCCUACCACCGUGACAUGGCAGAAGAGUUAAUGUCGAAGGUUCAAAGAGCUUCAACAGAAUUAGAUAUUUCAAUUUGUUAA